UUGUUGCUCAGCCUCGCUCUGGACCAGAGUUGGCAGGGUUGGGUCUACUAUUUCUCCCAGCUAGUCUUAUAGUCUUAUAGCCUACUGAGAGGUGACUGCGUGACCUUCGUCGUUUCUCAAGGAGAAGCACAUCAUUUUUGUAUCAUGUGAGUUAAAGACUUUAGUCCCCACCAAACUGCAGGGACGCAGGGCAGUUGACGCAUUCGUUUUCGCGGAGCACACACACACACAUUCAGACUCACACACACACUGACAUACACAUACAAACUGCGAAUGAGCAGAGAGCCUGCUAGGACGGAGCAUAGCCGGGACAUCAACACGUAACGAAACAGCGAGCGGUUUUCCUGAGCUAUUUUAAAGCUGGUCGGCUCGCUAGCUGACAGCAAACCAGGCAUGGACGACAAGUCUUUCACCAAGGAGUUGGACGGAUGGAUUGAACAACUGAACGAGUGCAAACAGCUGAGUGAGAACCAGGUCAAAGUCCUAUGUGAAAAGGCCAAGGAGAUCCUUACGAAGGAGUCCAACGUGCAGGAGGUGAGAUGUCCAGUGACAGUCUGCGGAGAUGUCCAUGGUCAGUUUCAUGACCUAAUGGAGCUGUUUAAGAUCGGGGGCAAGUCUCCAGACACUAAUUAUCUCUUCAUGGGAGAUUAUGUUGACAGAGGCUACUAUUCUGUGGAGACAGUUACUCUCCUGGUUUCUCUAAAGGUAAGGUUCCGUGAACGAAUCACAAUUCUCAGAGGGAACCAUGAGAGCAGACAGAUCACACAGGUUUACGGCUUCUACGACGAGUGCUUAAGAAAAUAUGGGAAUGCUAAUGUUUGGAAGUACUUCACAGAUCUGUUUGACUAUCUGCCCCUUACUGCGCUGGUAGAUAACCAGAUCUUCUGCCUCCAUGGAGGAUUGUCCCCUUCAAUAGACACACUGGAACACAUCAGAGCGCUGGAUCGCCUGCAGGAGGUUCCUCAUGAGGGUCCAAUGUGUGACUUGUUAUGGUCAGACCCAGAUGACCGUGGUGGCUGGGGCAUCUCACCCCGUGGUGCUGGUUACACCUUCGGGCAAGACAUUUCCGAGACCUUCAACCAUGCAAACGGCCUAACUUUGGUUUCGAGAGCCCACCAGCUGGUGAUGGAGGGUUAUAAUUGGUGCCACGACCGCAAUGUAGUGACGAUCUUCAGUGCACCAAACUAUUGUUACCGCUGUGGAAACCAGGCGGCAAUCAUGGAACUUGAUGACACAUUGAAAUACUCCUUCCUACAGUUUGACCCUGCACCACGCAGAGGGGAGCCUCAUGUGACGCGGCGUACACCAGACUAUUUCCUGUAAAGAUCACUGGGGGGGAUGGCAAGAGGCUACACACAGCAUUCAUAACCCUAUGGACCAAAACAUGUGUGCCAUAAUCACAAUGAAAUGGAAACUAUCACAUCUAGCUAAAGACCACAUCCUUUCAACUUUUUCCUCUCUGUGCAUGAUGUUUUUAUUGCUAGAAAUGAUUGCUACUAUGAACAAUACCAUCACAAUACCUGCUGGUUUGUCAGGAAACACGAAUGCUGAGAAUAACAACUAAAUGUAAGUAAUAUUUGUGUUAGAGUGUUAAUGAUGAGUGUUUCCAUAUACAGUAUGUAAGCUGCAUCUUUCACUUGGCAUGGCCUCAAACCAGAGGUUGCAGUAAAUAUAAUGUAAACUCUUUUUCUUUUUGUAACUGAAGCGCAACAGUUUAUUUUGUGAAGUGAGAUGAUAGCGUUAGACGUCGGAAAUGAGUAUGUUCUCUUUGCACUUUUGUAUUUGAUUUUUAUCACAUGGCACUGACAAACUAUGUUCUUUUUUAUACCCUGUUUAAGUGUAAGUAGCUCUCUUUCUGCUCUGCUGUCUCUUACGGGAGUUAAUGUUAUUCAUUUAAGUAGGCAAUAUUGGUACAAAUGACAUCAGUUGUAAAAAAAAAACCCAAAACCUUAACAUAAUGUUUUGCAGCCACAGGUAUACAAAAUAAAGACUGAAGUUGCUUCGUCAUUUACUUCAUUUAGGCAGUUUGUGGCGUUAUUCCCUCUCAACAAUCACCACUAGAUGGAAACAGACAUCCAAUAACUUCUGAUGAGCAACUCUUAAUAGGAUAAUCAGCACAGUGACUAUCAGACUGACUAUGAAUGAAUGCAGGAAACUGGAUAUGUUUAUGUAUAUAUUUAUCUUAAAUUUUAUUACAGAUAUUUGGUAUGUCAUGAUUAUAAAACAUGAGAAAGGUAAGACUGUUCUUUUGCUUUUUUUAUUAAAUCUAUACAUUGAUUUCUUUAUUUUAUUUUCAUGUAUUUAUUUUUCAUUUAAUUUCAGGAACUUGGUAUAUCAUGAUUGUGAAGUAAGACUGCUGGUUUGCCAAAGAUGACCCAUUUUUCUUUUUUGUUUAAUGAUUUCUCACUUAUUUAUUUAAACAAUAGUCAAAUCAUGCUUUGCUUGUUUUAAGGGACAUUUAUGUUUUCACAAGGCGUUACUAUUGCCCAUUAAUGUCGGGCUUUCGUGUGGAAAUCCAAAGUUUUACCAGUUAUUAAUGAUUUACUGCCUGUGAAUCAAUGUGUCACAAAUGUCACAGCAUUGCCGGAUGUGUUGCUCAACUCGCUGUCAAAAAUAAAAGCCUCUUUGAAAAUACAAA